AACCCGCAGGGACCACGCGCGGCGGAAGCCCAGGCAUUCCCAGUUUCCCGCGCAGAAGGACGCUUCCGGCCGCGCGAGUCCUUCCGGGGCGGAGGUCACCAUGGCGGCGGCCUUGGCUCGGCUCGGGCUCCGUGCGGUGAAGGAGGUCCGUGUUCAGUUCUGCCCCUUCGAGCAGAACGUGGAGUCGACAAGGACCUUCCUCCAGGCGGUGAGCAGCGAGAAGGUGCGCUCCACCAAUCUCAACUGCUCGGUGGUUGCGGACGUGAGGCACGAUGGCUCCGAGCCCUGCGUGGACGUGCUGUUCGGAGACGGGCAUCGCCUGCUCAUGCGCGGCGCCCACCUCACCGCACAGGAGAUGCUCACUGCCUUCGCCUCCCACAUCCAGGCCAGGGGUGCGGCGGGCGGCGGGGACAAGCCAGGCGCUGGGAGUGGGCGCUGACCGCGCAGGAGCGACCAGGCUGAUUUUAGCCUGCCACUAGGACACUGCUCCAAGAAGAGCUUGACUUAACUAUUCAAGUCACUAUCUGGAGCGCCAGGAAAAAAAAAAAAACAGACCCCAUGACUGCGGUGUUUCUGGAGCAAGACCAAAGCGAGAGGGUCUGAUGCAACUUUUGCAUAUUUAAUUUUCUUCAUCCAGUGGUUAAUCCUUUUGAAUUUGGCUUCUCCCUUCACACACCCAAGGUACCUCUUACUGUUAGUCAACAAACCCGGUGUUGUUUGUUAGUCCUUGUAUUUCUAGGUCAGUUGCAUCUGAGCUGUCUCUCACUUGAGACUUUUUUGUUUUAUAAGCAUAAAGGUGUUUUAGCCUCAUCAUUUUUCUUCUGUCUUUAUUCUUCCCGAGAUAGCUCACCCCCUGCCAUAAUUUGAACUACUCUGUAGUAGUUAUAUCCUACAAUUCCUUAAAGCUCUAGCCCCAAUUUCCAUGCUGCAGUUAAGUUACCUACUACAGACAUCUGCCAAAUACGCAACAUUCUUUGUCUAAAAUGGAGUUGAUAAGAGUAAGUGUUAAACCACUGAAUGGGAGGCUCGAGUUCCAUAUCUGAGUGCCUGAGAGAGUCCCACCUCUGCUUUUUUGUUGUUGUUGUUUAAAGAUUUAUUUAUUUAUUUGAAAGGCAUAGUGAGAGAGAGAGAGAGGUCUUCCAUUCACUGGUUCACUCCCCAAAUGGUUGCAACGGCCAGAGCUGAGCUGAUCUGAAGCCAGGAGCCAGGAGCUUCUUCCAG